CUUUGGCUACUGAUAGAUUUAGCUGAACAGCUGAAAAUUCGCCUUAUUGUCGCCAAGAAAUUCGUUACGGAAAACAGAAGGAAUCAGAAAUCAGAAAUGGCUCACACCAACGGCCAUAACGCGGACCAAGACAUUUGGGAGUCCCACAACAGUAUGUUGUUGGAGCCCCUCAGCACUAACGACCCAGAGGUAUAUGAAAUCAUCAAGAAUGAGAAGAAGAGACAGACAUACGGGCUAGAACUCAUUGCCUCUGAGAACUUCACCAGCCGGGCUGUUUUGGAGGCUCUGGGUUCGUGCAUGAAUAACAAAUACUCCGAGGGUUAUCCAGGCCAAAGAUACUACGGUGGGACGGAGCAUGUGGAUGAACUGGAGAGGCUGUGCCAGAGACGAGCGUUGAAGGUUUACGGCCUUGACCCAGAGAAAUGGGGAGUGAACGUUCAGCCGUACUCUGGGUCACCAGCCAACUUCGCUGUGUACACGGCCAUCGUGGAGCCGCACGGGAGGAUCAUGGGACUCGAUUUGCCCGACGGGGGUCACCUGACCCACGGCUUUAUGACCGACAAAAAGAAAAUUUCAGCCACCUCUAUUUUCUUUGAAUCUAUGCCAUAUAAGGUGAACCCAGAGACCGGUUAUAUUGACUAUGACCGAUUGGAAGAAAAUGCUCGACUUUUCCACCCAAAGCUGAUAAUCGCUGGUACCAGCUGCUAUUCCCGGAACCUAGAUUACGCUCGCCUGAGAAAGAUAGCGGAUGAAAAUGGAGCCUACCUCCUGGCGGACAUGGCUCACAUUAGCGGUCUCGUCGCCGCGGGAGUCGUUCCCUCGCCGUUCGAGUACUGCGAUGUCGUUACGACCACCACCCAUAAGACCCUUAGAGGCUGCAGAGCUGGAGUUAUCUUUUACAGAAAGGGGGUCGCUGUAGCUUUGAAGCAAGCCCUCACCCCCGAGUUCAAGGCCUACCAGUUACAAGUACUGGCCAACUGCAAGGCCAUGGCCUCCACUCUGAUGGAAAGGGGAUACAAAAUUGUUACUGGUGGGUCUGAUAAUCACCUUAUCUUGCUCGACCUGCGUCCAAACGGGACUGAUGGAGGCAGGGCCGAGAAGGUUCUGGAAGCUUGUGCAAUCGCCUGCAAUAAGAACACCUGCCCAGGAGACAAGAGUGCUUUGCGUCCUAGCGGUCUUCGUUUCGGAUCUCCGGCGCUCACAUCCCGAGGCCUGGUCGAGGAUGAUUUCCGUCGUGUUGCUGAAUUCAUCCACAAAGGCAUUGAACUCACUUUGGAGAUCCAGUCAAACAUGAACCCCAAAGCCACUCUGAAGGAGUUUAAGGACACGCUUGCUCAAAAUGUGAAGUAUCAAAUGAGAAUUAAGGAGAUCAGAGAGGAGGUGGAGGCUUUCGCUGGAAAGUUCCCCAUGCCCGGGCUACCGGAGCUGUAAUCCCACCGGACCGUGUUCCUCUCAGUCUGCUGAAGAUGUGCCUUCACUCUGCCCUCUCUCUGGCUUCUGACUAAUAUGACUGGUCCUAGUAUGACUGGUUCUUUUCACUGCUGUUACACCAUGUUCUAAUUUUAGAUGAUCCUCCAUGAAGAGAACGUAGUCUUGCUCUAUUUUCAGACUUGACUGCUGGAGUUGAUUUUAAAUUUACGGUUAUCUUUGGCUUAUUGUGAUGUCCACUUUUGGGAAUCAACCCCCCCCCCCCCCC